AACCUGUCUCGGCCGGGCGGGGAGCGGAGCUUCCUCCUCCGAGUGCGGUGCAGCGCCGCCCGAUUCGUCCUUCCGCCCCUGCCGCCGCGGCGCCGCGGCGAGCGAGGAGGUGAGCGGAAGGUGCGCGAUGCGGCCGGCGGGAGCAGCGGCCGUCGCGGGGUCGCCGGCGCGGGACACGCUGCUCUGUGGAGAGCUGCUGCAGGCCCCGCCGCCCUUGGCCUCGCAGCUGCCGGCGGCCGCGCCCUCGGGGCCGCCGCUCCCCGCAGCGGCCGGCACGACCCUCAACCGCCUUCCGGAGCCGCUGCUGCGGAGGCUCAGCGAGAGCCUGGACCGAGCGCCCGAGGGCCGGGGCUGGAGGAGGCUGGCUGAGGUGGCGGGGAGUCGGGAGCGUCUCCGGCUCAGUUCUCUAGACUUGGAGCAGUGCUCUCUUAAGGUCUUGGAGCCUGAAGGAAGCCCAAGCCUCUGUUUACUGAAGCUGCUGGGGGAGAAGGGCUGUACGGUCGUGGAGCUGAGCGACUUCCUGCAGGCCAUGGAGCGCACUGAGGUUCUGCAGCUUCUCAGCCCCCCAGGAAUAAAGAUCACUGUAAACCCAGAAUCCAAGGCAGUCUUGGCUGGACAGUUCGUGAAAUUGUGUUGCCGGGCAACUGGACAUCCUUUUGUACAGUAUCAAUGGUUCAAAAUGAAUAAAGAGAUUCCAAAUGGAAAUGCCUCCGAACUUAUUUUUAACACAGUGCAUGUGAAAGAUGCAGGCUUUUAUGUCUGUCGAGUUAAUAAUAAUUUCACCUUUGAAUUUAGCCAGUGGUCUCAGCUGGAUGUGUGCGAUGUCACAGAAGUAACAGAAAGCUUCCGAAGUGGAAGUUUGGAUGUCAUCUCUGAAUCCAAGUUGCAAAUCUGUGUUGAGCCGAGGUCCCAAAAGCUGACGCCUGGCAGCACAUUGAUCUUACAGUGUGUUGCUGUCGGAAGCCCCAUUCCUCACUACCAGUGGUUCAAAAAUGAAUCACCACUAACACACGAGACAAAAAAGCUAUACAUGGUGCCUUAUGUGGAUUUGGAGCAUCAAGGGACCUACUGGUGUCAUGUGUAUAAUGAUCGAGACAGUCAAGACAGCAAGAAGGUAGAAAUCAUCAUAGGAAGAACAAAUGAGGCAGUGGAGUGCACUGAAGAUGAAUUAACUAAUCUUGGGCAUCCUGAUAAUGAAGAGCAAGCAGCUGACCAACCUUUGGCAAAGGACAAGGUUGCUCUUUUGAUAGGAAACAUGAAUUACUGGGAGCACCCCAAGCUUAAAGCUCCUUUGGUAGAUGUGUAUGAACUGACCAACUUGUUAAGACAGCUCGAUUUCAAAGUUGUUUCCCUGUUGGAUCUUACUGAAUAUGAGAUGCGUAACGCUGUGGAUGAAUUUUUACUACUUUUAGACAAAGGAGUAUAUGGACUAUUAUAUUACGCCGGACAUGGUUAUGAAAACUUUGGGAACAGCUUUAUGGUCCCUGUUGAUGCUCCAAAUCCAUACAGGUCUGAAAACUGCCUGUGUGUACAGAAUAUACUGAAAUUGAUGCAAGAAAAAGAAACUGGCCUCAAUGUGUUCCUGUUGGAUAUGUGCAGGAAAAGAAAUGACUACGAUGAUACCAUUCCAAUCUUGGAUGCACUGAAAGUCACUGCCAAUAUUGUGUUUGGAUACGCCACGUGUCAAGGAGCAGAAGCUUUUGAAAUACAGCAUUCUGGAUUGGCAAAUGGAAUCUUCAUGAAAUUUUUGAAAGAUAGAUUAUUAGAAGAGAAGAAAAUUACUGUGUUACUGGAUGAAGUUGCAGAAGAUAUGGGUAAGUGUCACCUUACCAAAGGCAAACAGGCUCUAGAGAUUCGAAGUAGUUUAUCUGAAAAGAGAGCACUUACUGACCCAAUACAGGGAGCAGCACAUUCUGCAGAAUCUCUGGUGCGCAAUCUCCAGUGGGCCAAGGCACAUGAACUUCCAGAAAGUAUGUGUCUUAAAUUUCAAUGUGGGGUGCAGAUUCAGUUAGGAUUUGCAGCUGAGUUUUCCAACGUCAUGAUAAUCUACACAAGUAUUCUCCACAAGCCGCCUGAUAUAUUAGUGUGCGAUGCCUAUGUCACUGAUUUUCCACUUGACCUAGACGUUGACCCAAAAGAUGCAAAUAAAGGGACGCCUGAAGAAACUGGCAGCUAUUUAGUCUCAAAGGAUCUUCCCAAGCACUGCCUCUAUACUAGACUCAGCUCACUGCAAAAAUUAAAGGAACAUCUAGUCUUCACAGUGUGUUUAUCGUACCAGUACUCAGGACUGGAAGACACCAUAGAGGAAAAGCAGGAAGUGAAUGCUGGGAAACCUCUCAUUGCUAAACUCGACAUCCACCGAGGCUUAGGAAGGAAGGCCUGCUUCCAAACUUGUAUUAUGUGCAACGGCCCCUUCCAGAGCUCCACGUCCACCUCAGCGGGAGCUGGGCAUUAUCAUUCAUCUCAAGACUCAUUCUGUGGUGUUUACCAUUCACGUCUUAGUAAUUCAAGUAAUGUCCUGCCGUCAGAUGGCUGUCCCUGCAGCCGGACUGCAGACACGUUCAUUUCAAGCCAUCAUGCCCACCAUCAUCCCUGCCAGCUGGGCCGGAGCAACGUGCCGGUCGAGACGACUGAUGAGAUGCCAUUCAAUUUCUCCGAUGGGCUCAGAAUUUCCGAAAAGUGACCUCUUUAUUUUUUAAAGUUAUCAUACUUAAAUGUCUCACCCAACAGUACUUAACAUAAAGUGAGGUAUUGUGAAAAAGCCAAGUAUAUGUAGAGAGAAAAUUUGUAAUGGCUGUUUCAUGGCAAACUCAGGACCUGAGAUGUUGAACUGUUUAACUACAGACUUCUCUUUCCUCUUUUAAGAUUUUGUGAAUUGGCUGAUUUGUUCUGUAAGUAUGGAGCACGGGUGUGUAUGUGUUUGUGUAUGUAACAGAUGUUUUCAUUAUGACCACUCUGAAGUAAGAACAGUGGAAUGGCGUUACUUUAGAAUAAGUCACUGUAUUUUUAGAACCAGAAGAAGAACCUUGGUGAUCGUCAGACUUAGCUGAAUUUUAUCAGUGGGGGAAGCAGAUCGAGGUAUCUUGUUAAAGUUAGAGCUGGCACCAGAACUGAGACGUCCAGUGUUUUCCACUACACACUCCCUUCCUGGCAGGUUCUGAGACAAGUAUUUUUGUAGAUAGAUUUAAAGACGGAUAUGUAAAUAUGCAUGUCUGUAUAUAAUCUAAAAGUGUACAAACUUUAGUCUGUGAUCGUAGGACUUUGCUGCAAAUGCCAGCUAAGGGGUUUGUCUAUAAAUCUUACGUAGAAACAGGCGGAAAUUUCUUGAUCAUGAGGUCAUGAAAGCACAUGAGAAGUGACAAAGUAUUUGUCUGUGUUAAAGCUAGACAGCAGGAUAGUUGUGCCUCUGGGUAACCUCGGUAGCUGCCUGCGUGAAUUGCACAAACGUCGGACAUGCCUUCCUUGAUAACAUGUAUUUUCUCAUUGAAUUUUAUUGGCCUUAGGAGAUAAUCACCUUUGGUUCUUACCUAAAAGCAAGCCUAAAAAGCAGCUGGCAAUAAAGUUUAAAUUAGUAGCUUUGAAACAUCCCACAAAGAAAAAUCCAUCUUCACUGCUCUACUCUACCAGAUACUCAAAAAGUAGUACUAAUCCUUUGCAGACUUUUCCCAAAAAUAGAAGAGAACACUUCAGCUCAUCGUGUGAGGCCAGUAUUACCCUGAGAAAAAACCAAAGACAGAACUACACAGCAGUGCCUUAUGAAUAUAGACACAAACAUUAUUGACAGAAUACUAGCAAACUAAAUCUAGCUGCAUAUGCAAAGGGGCAUGCACCAUGAUGGAGCGAGGCUCAUCCCAGGGACAUAAGGUUGCUUUAACAUCCCCAAAUCAAUAUAAAAUGUAAAGUAACUGCCUUAUUCACAAUAGUUACAUUCUCUGAUGUCACCGUGAACACAGAGCCAUUGCUCCUAGGGGAAGUGUGUGUUUUGCACAUACAUGUAUCUCAAAUAGGUUAAAUCUUAAAUCCUAAAGACAGUUUUUCCUAGUAGAUUCCGUUUUCUUUAUUUUACAAAAGACAAAAUGAGGUUUGGACAUAUUAAGCAACUUGGCAGAGGUCACCCAGCUAACAGGCCAGAGAUGAGAUUCAGACCCAUCCAGCUAGUCCCAGAGCCAGGGCUUCCUGUACCACAUUGCCUUUCCCCCGGCCUGGUCCACCCUCUUCUAGUCUGCAGGAGAGCCGAAACAAGAAGGCGAAGCAUUACCUUGUUUGGCCUCAGCUGAGAACACACGCGUCAGGGAACUCAAAAUUUUAACAUCUGCACAUAUCCAUGAAUGGUCAUAAAAGUGCUACAAGUAUUGAUUUGGGGGUUACAAGUAAAUUUUAAGUAAGUAAAUUACCAAAUUCACAAAUACAGAAUCGUGAAUGAUGAGAUGUUCGUAAAGGACACAAUUACCACAUCUUAAUAGAUGCAGAAAAAAGCAUUUGAUAAAAUUCAGCACCCUUUCAUGAUAAAAAUACUCAAACUAGGAAUAAAACAGAACUUUGUCAAGAUGAUAAAAGGCAUCUACAAAAAACAAAAAAAACAAAAAAAACCCAGCACACCUAUCAUACUUAAUGGCAACAGUCUGAAUACUGAAUGCUUUUUCCCCCUUAGAUCAGAAACAAGACGUAAGACACUCAUUCACAUGCCAGCCCAGGCAAUUAGGCAAGAAAAAGAGGCAGCCAUACUGGAAAAGAACUAAAACUAUGUAUUCACAGACGACAUAGUCUUGUUAUAUAGAAAGUUGUAAGGAAUUCAUCUUAAAACUAAUGAGUUCAACAGAUUGUGGGUUGCAGGAUACACGAUCAACAUGCAAAAAUCAGUUUUAUUUCUGUACUAACAAUGAACAUUCUGAAAGUGAGAUUUUAAAAUUCUGUUCAUAAUAGCAUUAAAUGAAGAAACUAAAACUAUAAAAUGUUGAAAUUAAAGAAGAUGUCAAUAAAUGGAAAGGCAUCUUUAUUCAUGGAUUGGAAGACAACGUCAUUUAGAUGACAAUGCUCCCCAAAUUGGUCUACAGAUUCAGUGCAAUUCCCAUCAAAAUCCCAGCCAGCUUUUUUUGCAGAAACUGAUAAGAUGAUAAAUUCAUAUCAGAAAUGCAAGGAACCCACAAUAUCCAAAACAGUCUUGAAAGAGAAAGUGGGAAGAUUCACACUUAACCAAUUUCAGAACUUACCCCAAAGCUACAAUAAUCAGAGCAGUGUGGUACUGGCAUAUGGACAUGUACAUGGAAUAGAAAAUAUAACAGAGGCAGAAAUAAGCCCAUGUUAUCAAUUGUGUUUGGUAAGGGUGCCAGUACCAUUCAAUGAGAAAGCAGUCUUCAACAAAUGGUCCUAGGAUGACUGGGUAGCCAUAUGCUAGGGACCCCUUAUAAACCAUACACUUAAAUACAGGAGCUAAAACUCUUACAGGAAAACACAGAGGUAAAUCUUUGGGCCAAAGAGCUUCUUAGAUAUACCACCAAAAGUAGAAGCAACAAGGGAAGAAAUAAAUUGAACUUAAAACGAACUUCUGUGCUUUAAAGGACACAAGAAAGUGAAAAGGCAACCCACAGAAUGGGAGAAAAUAUUUGAAAAUCGUGGUGUCCGUGAUACAUAAAAGCUCCUAACAACGAGGCUUUUAUACGCUAGUGCUUAACUGGUUACCGUGGAUUAGUAACCAAUGAACUGUCCAGUGGACCUUGUGAUGAUGGAAGUGUUCUGUAUCUUCGCUCUCCCAUACGAUCACUUCCGGUCCCACGAGGUAAUUGAGCAACUGCAAUACAGCUAGUGUGAGGAACUGAUUUUUUAACUUUGUUUUAAUUUAAAUAACUAUGUAUAGCUGGCGGCUUCCAUAUUCAACUGUGUGGCUGUAGAGAAUGGGGCCAGAAGUUACGGAGGGGAAAAGGGCUUUAUAUUCUUCUGUAUAUUUGAACUUUUUUUUUAAACUAAGCACAUUGUAUUUAUCAUUUUAAAACAUUUUAAAAAAUAACAAAGAAUGGUGCAGUUUUUGUCCUUUCUAUCAGCCAUGCUUUUGUUUUACUUGAACUCUCACACCAGUCGCUUUGUAAUAAAUACUAGCAUAGGAUUUCUUAUACAUCAGUGGAAUUUAGGAAAGGUGACCUGUGCUACCAGUGACAAUGCGAGGGAGAGACUAGGAUGGUAAGAUCUCACUAAAUCCAAAGCUAAUACUUCAUCUAGGGAAGGGGCCUUGUCAGGAAAGUAACUUCAAAAAUUGUAAAGUAGCAAUUAUAAGUUACAUGAUUUCUAAUAAAAGAAAAAAAUCAAAGCCUAA